AUGUCAAGGCCUGUUGAGAGAAUAGGGGCAGAGAUCAAUGAUGGAAAAGAGCUUUGGAAGAUUGUUGUUAGGAUUCACCACAGAUGGAAAGUUGUCUCCAACAACAAGGAACAUUUUGAAAUGAUCUUUGUUGACAAAUUGGGAGAUGAUAUUCAUGCUGUUGUUCCAGCACCGCAUGUGUCGGUGUUCACCGAAAAAUGCUUAUUAGGGCAUACUUAUGCUGUAUCUAAUUUUAAGGUGGUGCCUUAUGUUCUGGCCUUCAGGGCAUCGGGACACAAAUAUAUGAUAAAGUUUACUGCUGGAACAUCUGUUCUUGAUGAAGACAAACAUGAGAUACCCCCGAAAUCGAUUUUAUUUACAAGUUUUUCCGACAUCAUAACAGGGAGCAACAACAUGUUGAACUGUACUCUGUGGGAAUCAUACGCGGAUCAGUUCAUCAAGUUUAACAAAGUUAGAGUUGCUGCAUCACUCCCUACAGUUGUGUUGCUUCAGUAUGCCAAAGUGAAGGAAGAAGGAAAGUAUCCUCUGUCUGUGACAAACACCUACAAUGUGACCCUUUUAUGUGUUGAUGCUGAUUUUCCGGUCAUGAAAGACUUUAUUGAUAGAAUGCCUGAGGAGAGCAGGGUAACCCUGUCUGAACAACUUGGAGGGAAUUCCCAAUAUUCCUCCCAAAGUUCUGAAAAUCAACAGCUCACUCCUGUGCAAAAAUUGUUCUCAAAGGCUGUUGUUUUGCCUAUUGCUGAGAUUAUUCAACUUACGAAUGUUACAUUUUGUGCUACUGUCGCUACAACAAAAUUAUUAGUAGCAUCUCCGUUUGGAUGGUAUAAGAUUGAAAUUGAGGUUACUCACGGGGGCCAAAGCUGCAAUUUUGUCUUCUGGAAUAGAGAAUGUGAAAUGCUGUUCGGUUUAUCUGCAUCGCAACUUCGUAUCACUAUGAUUCAGGUUAUAUUUAUAUUAUGCAGACGAAUUAGAAUGUACUUUCCAAUACUCUGUGUACACUAA